AUGAUGACUGUUCAUCUUACCUGUUGGUUGGUUUGGAUCAUCUUGGUCGGGGCUCAAUUCCAGACCUUUUCUCCAUUGGGACCCAAUGGACUCACCUAUAGUAUCCAUAUCCCCGCCGUCACUGUCAACUCCAGCACCUCGCGGCCCAUCUAUCUUCAAAUGAAUUCGACUCGCCGCAUAGAGUGGUUUGCCUUGGGCCAAGGAGACCACAUGGCCGGGGCCAAUAUGUUCGUGGUUUAUACGUCCGGCGACAAUGUGACCGUUUCCCCGCGAUCCAGUACGGGACACACGCAGCCCCUGUAUAACCCUGAGGCGCGAAUUACAGUCAUGAAUGGUAGCGGAGUCCAUGGGCCAAUGAUCACAGCCAAUAUAAAAUGUGAUAGCUGCAUUGAUUGGGGACAGGGCAGCAUGAAUUUGACCAGCGCGAGCAGUUCAUGGAUCUGGGGGGUGCGUUAUGGAAUGCCAUUGCAGUCACGUAGUUUGUCGGCGAAAAUUCUCGAACAUGAUGUGAUGGGUGUUGAGACAGUGGAUUUGACAAAAGCCACUGGUGAAACCAGCGUGAAUCCCUUUACCGACAUCAUCAGCACUAGUGCGCAUGCCAACGCCGACUAUCCCUUUCCAGAGGCCGUCUUCCAUGGCAAAAAGAUCGCUCACGGGGUACUAAUGGUGGCUUCCUUCGUCAUCUUGUUCCCUUUUUCUGCGCUGCUCCUUCAUCUCUCUUCAUCGUCCAACGUCGUGAAAAUCCAUGGAGGACUGCAACUGUUUGCCUUGGCUGUUGCCAUCGUGGGACUUGGCCUGGGAGUCUCGAUGGCCCGGCAAAUCCACAACUUGGUGCACUACCAUAUCAUAAUUGGGAUCGUGGUCAUUGCCAGCUUGGCUCUUUUUCAGCCUGCCAUGGGCCUUCUCCAGCACCGGUUCUUCCGCAAGACUGGCGGAAAGGGACCUUUUGCCUACAUGCACCGUUGGUUUGGGCGGAUCAUGAUCAUUUUGGGAGUGAUCAAUGUGGGGCUAGGAUAUCAGUUCACGGGGGUCGGCGAUCCCGAUGCUCCUCGGGGCGCGGUAAUUGCGGUUGGAGUGAUAACUGGAAUCAUUGGCGUAUUGUAUAUAUUGACAGUGGGAUAUGUGAAUUCUAUGCGACGACGACGAGCCUCAGCACAGGCAGACCAGACAAGGCCGUGA